AUGGCUGGGUGGGGCUUGGCGGACACUUUUAGUCAUUUACUCAAUUUGGGCCGCUAUUUUAAAAUAAGUUUGUCUACACAUACAAAGUUCUUCGUUUUGAGCAAUAAGCAGAGAAAAUACAGAAGAACGUUUUCUGUUGAUUGUGUUGUUGAAUCUACCUCCUUCAUUGAAGCAGCUUCUGAGUGGAGGGAAGUUAAGUUAAGGACAUACCUGAAGUCUGCCAAUUCCACUAGAGUGGCUGAUCUUGCUUUGGGACAAGAGCUUGGUGAUUGGAUAUGGAACUUGAACGAGAAUCAGGAACAUCCCUGUCUCAGGAGGGUUUGUCAGAUGAAUGUCAUUCUAAUUCUAGCAAACUAAGUGCUAUUGACACAGUGAGAAAGUUGCUGUUUCGUCGAAUGCUGGUGGGUGUGAAUGAUGGACGUUUUUUCAUGGGUAACUUUCACUGUAUGGAUAAGCAAGGCAACAUAAUUCUACAAGAUGCGGUAGAGUUUCGAAGUGUUAGACGAUCAUCUCCAGCACCUAUGGAACAACGUGGUCUUGGUCUUAUUCUCAUCCCUUCAUCAUGUCGGAUCUCUUGCCACAUUGACUCCUCAGUUGAAGAACAAUUGUCAUUGCUCUCAUUGAAGGAUAUAUAGGUACAGUAGAAUGUGGCUCUCUCCUUGUCAUUUUAUUUUCACAAUGCUGAGUAUGUACUAAGAAACUUAAACUGCGAGGCCAUAAUUUUUUUCCCCUUUCAUUAGUAUUGGUAAUGUGUGGCCUUCACUAUUCACACCCUUGUUAAAGUUUGGGUAAGAAUGUAAGAUGAGUUUUACUAUUAUCUUUUUUUUAUGAAACCCUACAAUAUCUCAUUAGGAGACCA